UCCUUCCAGCCCUGAUGGGAAAGGAUGCUGCUAAUGUCUGCAAAUAAAAAAAAAUGAAAUAAUAAAAAAAAAAAAUCAAGCAAAUCAGAGAAAUUGGCUUCUUCCUUUUGGGCGCAGUUUGGACACUUGGAGGCUGCAACAUUUCAUUUAAACACGUGGAUUAAAACAACAGAUGGGCACAGUAGGUGUUCCAAGUUAGCCACAGACAGACCAUCCUCUCAAGACGGAGCAAAAAAAAAGGGGGGGCAGCAAAUUUACAUCCUACAUGUAAGAAGAAUGACUGUUUAACAACUUGGGCGUGGUACAUAUUUGUCCUAUCUUCAGUUGGUCUACAAGUUGUAGUCUGUCAGAAUGUACGGCAGCUCUCGCUCUGUGAGCAAAAUGGAUGGCAAUCACAGUGGGAACAGGAACAACCAGGGUAACUCAGGCAGAUCUCCUCGGCUUCCGCGCUCACCUCGCAUGGGUCACCGCCGCACCAACAGCAUGGGGGGCAGUGGCGGUGGGCCUGGUGGCCCUGGGGGCAAAACUCUUUCUAUGGAGAACAUCCAGUCCCUCAAUGCCGCUUAUGCCACGUCUGGUCCCAUGUACAUGAGUGACAAUGAGGUUGCUCUUGCCACCUCCUCCGACAUCCAGAAGGGUGGCAUGGCAACCGGACGCUUCGGGGGCAGCAUCCCAUAUGGUGUGCGUGGAACAGUCACCGGGAGCACGCCUGACAUGGCCAUGGUGCCUACUGUGUCAACAGACUCCAUAAGCUUUGGAGGAGAGCUCCAUACAGCAUCAACCGUACCACAUUCGUUGCGCCAGGCCAGGGACAACACCAUCAUGGAGCUGCAGGCGCAGCUGAAGGAGGUGUUACGGGAGAACGAGCUCUUGAGGAAGGAAGUGGAGGUGAAAGAGAGCAAACUGAGCUCAUCCAUGAGCUCCAUUAAGACCUUCUGGAGCCCUGAGCUGAAGAAAGAAAGGGCGCUGCGCAAGGACGAGGCUUCCAAGAUAGCAGUUUGGAAAGAGCAAUACCGUGCCAUUCAGGAUGAAACUCAGCACCUGCAGACCACAGUGCAGGCAUUGCAGGCUGAGUUGCGAAUCCAACGUGACCUGAACCAGCUGCUCCAGCCGCCAGGGGAGCCGCUCGCACUUGAGCCAGGUGAGGAGCAAGAAAGGCAGGCUCGCGAGCUUGUCCUGCUCCGCCGCACCAUUCAGGAGAUGGAGCUGCGGCUGGAGACACAGAGGCAGACGCUGGUUGCGCGUGACGACUCUGUGAAGAAGCUGCUGGAGAUGUUGCACAACAAAGGGCCAUCGAGCAAGUCCAGCGAGGAGGACCAUGAGCUCACGUGCCGCCUAGCUGAUGCCGAGAUGCAUGCACAUCACUUGGAGAACCUCCUGGAGCAACGUGAUAAAGAGAUGGUGGCUUUGCGCGAAGAGCUGCAUCGGCGCCUUGAAGGGACCCCGGAGUCUACAAAAACCAAAGCUCUGCAAACUGUUAUUGAGAUGAAGGACUCACAGAUCAGCUCUCUUGAGCGAGGGCUGAGGGAGCUGGAGGACCAGGUCAUGAUGCUGCGCUCUAGUAACAUGCUCACUUGUGAGGAGCGCCAGGAGGAGGUCAAGCAGAUGGAGGUCUACCGCAACCACACCAAGUUCAUGAAGAACAAGAUGGACCAAGUAAAGCAAGACCUCUCUAGAAAGGACACCCAGCUACUUGGCCUCCAGACCAAACUUGAGACACUUACCAAUCAGUUCUCCGAUAGCAAACAGCACAUUGAGGUGCUUAAAGAAUCCCUGACUGCCAAAGAGCAGCGAGCUGCCAUUUUGCAGACAGAGGUGGACGCGCUGAGGUUGCGUCUUGAGGAGAAGGAAACGCUGCUGAACAAAAAGAGCAAGCAGAUCCAGGACAUGUCUGAGGAGAAGAGCACACUCAAUGGCGAGAUCCAUGACCUUAAGGACAUGCUGGACGUCAAAGAGCGAAAAAUUAACGUGCUACAGAAAAAGAUUGAGAACCUGCAGGAGCAACUGAGGGACAAAGAGAAGCAGAUGAGCAGCUUGAGAGAGAGAGUGAAGUCUCUUCAGACUGAUACAUCCAACACUGAUACAGUUCUAAGCACCUUGGAGGACUCGCUGGCUGAAAAGGAAAGAAUCAUUGAGCGACUGAAGGAGCAGAGAGACCGGGAGGAGCGGGAGAAGUCUGAGGAGCUGGACACCAGUAAGAGAGAGCUGAAAGAGCUAAAGGAGAAAGUGAGCUUACUGCAAGGGGACCUUUCAGACCGAGAGAAUUCUUUGCUGGACCUUAAAGAGCAUGCAUUGUCCUUAGCCUCAUCUGGACUAAAAAAAGACUCCAAACUGAAAACUCUGGAGAUUGCUCUUGAGCAAAGGAGGGAAGAGUGCUCUAAAUUGGAGAACCAGCUAAAGAGGGCCCAAAACGCAGCUGUCGAGGCACAGGCCAACUCAGAGCUCUCCAAGCGAAUUGCCUCACUAGAAGCUGAUGUGGCCAGGCACAGAGAGGAAUCUGGGAAGGCCCAAGCUGAAGUCGACCGGCUGCUAGAGAUCCUACGCCAGAUGGAGAAUGAGAAGAACGACAAAGACAGGAAAAUCAAUGAGCUCGAGAGUGUGGCUUCCAGGCAGAUCAAGGAGCAGGGCAAGAAGCUGCCUGGGAAACUUAGGGAGGCAGCUGGCAAAGGCCGCAGUGCUAAUGAUGGCCCACAGCAGGAGUCUUUGCGGCAGAAGGCGGAACGCAUUGAGGAGCUGGAGGAGGCGUUGAGAGAGAGUGUACAGAUGACGGCAGAGAGAGAGAUGGUAUUGGCGCAAGAGGAGGCGGCACGGACUCAUCAGGAAAAACAGAUGGAGGAGCUGCUUGGGGCAAUGGAGAAGGUAAAGCAGGAGCUUGAGUCCAUGAAAGCCAAGAUGUCAUCCACCCAGCAAUCUCUGGCUGAGAAGGAGGCCCAUCUGACCACGCUAAGGGCUGAGAGGAGGAGACAUCUGGAAGAAGUUUUGGAGAUGAAACAGGAGGCUCUGUUGGCUGCAAUCAGUGAGAAGGAUGCUAACAUUGCCCUGCUGGAGCUGUCCUCAUCCAAGAAGAAAAAGACGCAUGAGGAAGUGGCGCAGCUACGAAGGGAGAAGGACCGGCUGGUGCAGCAGCUCAAACAGCAGACACAGAAUCGGAUGAAGCUCAUGGCAGAUAACUAUGAUGAUGGCCAUCUGAAAACGCCAGCCGACCAGACCAACCACAAAGCUCCGAAAUCCCCUGAUCAGGAUGAUGAGGAGGGCAUUUGGGCGUAGUCGCUCUGGCAGCCAUUUUUGUUUUAGAAGGAUUAAAGCUGGGCGGAGAGCUGCAGUGCACAGGAGCUCCAGAUUAGCCACCUGACUACACUGUACAGCCAGAGAGGAGCCACCCAAUAUUCCACAUCUGUUUCUGUACAAAUUCAUUCUAACCAACUCUCCCCAUCCUCAGACAGGGCCUGCACACCAAAAAUUACUGAUGGCGCCUGGGGUGGUGAGAGUCAGACUAAAGCUGGGACUGUGACCUGGUCUCCUUUAAGAACAGCACUAAAUGGACCUUUAAUUCCAGGAACCGUCAGCUGUGAUCUAACCCUCCUCUCUCCAGGAACCAUCUCUGCCCUCUCCUCUCUUCUCCUCUUCUCUCCUCUCCUCUCAGCCUUUAUCCUAUGAUCUACAGAGCACAACAAGCCUAAAAUAGUCAUCUCCUUGUCUUAAAAGCCCCAAUCAGGAGUUUUUGGUUUGUUGGUCUCUCAAUUGUGUAUCAUCAGUCAACAUUCCUGCAAAUCCCCAUUAAAAGAAGUAAAAGAAAAACAAAACAUAUAUAUAGAUAUAUAUUUAUCCAAACCGUCCUCAAUGGGGCUUAAAUGCUGGUGCAGUUGUCAAAUUCAGCAGUCUUACAGUAGCUGUGUUGUGAAUGCAUUAUUAUUAUUAUUUAUUUUUUUCAUUUUCUACUUUUGAUUACUGUGUUACAUCGUCAUGGUUGAUUACAGACUUAGAAUGCCCUGCAAUGUGAUGGGUGGUGCUAUGUAAACAUUUAAAAAGUAAAUUGAAUGCCAAACAUAUAUCUAUAUAUAUUAUGCUAAUUUGACAGCUGCAUCUGCUGUUAGACUUGUGAGACUUGCAUUAACUCGUUGCCGUUUAGGUAGCUACCUUCUUGCACUUUCUUUACUGGUUGUACGCUUCUUUUGAAAACCGAAGACCUUUAGGACAUAAGCAUUAUACAAGUGUUGAAUGAGAAACAUCAUUUCACCACCUACGACGUUUUGUCAGUGGUGCAAAAUCAGGUACUGUACACAUGUCAUUUAAAUCCGAUGUAACAGCUGCUAAAAUCAAUAGACAUAUGAUGUGUACGAUGUGUUUUUGUAGUGUUCAUGACAGUCAUACAACUCUCGUGAGGUGGCUGUGAGCUUUCGAUUUAAGUGUUACUAUUUCUCUGUAUAGACAGAAGAAGCACAGAGAUUCACUGUAGCAACUAUUACAGUAAAAUAGGCUCCAGAAAUCAUCCUGCCACAUCUAGAUGUCUGAUUUAGGAGAGCACAUUGCUGGUUUUAUGUUCUCUCCUAAAUGGUAAUGUCAUUCGGUCUUUCUUGCAGUAAUUUUUUUUUGUUGCAUUUGUGGCCUAUUGUCUUUGUGUAUUGAAAAAAAAAAGAUAGUGCUCCUUAAAAACAAAACAAAACAAACAAAGUGAUGAUAAAAGAUGAAAAGACACGGGUAUGAGCGUUCUGAAUUUGUAUAAAUGUGUAUG